GUGGGAGGAAAACUUCAAUCACUUCAGCCCUCCGUCCUCAUUGGUGCGUUUAGUGUUUCAUGAAGCCUCUCAAAGUGUUGUCUGAUUGGCCUGACCUUCUGUAGUGAAGUCGUCUCCUCCAAUCAGCUUCCGCCUGAGCUGCCUCUCCGCUGCAGCAGAUUUCUGUCUCAGUUGGGACGGAGCAGAACACCACAGACAGGGAGAGAGAGUGGGGAGAUCGAGCUUUACUGCAGCUCAUUCGGAGAUUCUGCACAAGUGAUCUAACAUGGAGGUGCCCAGGAGGCCCCAGCCUUCGUCCUUCACUCUGACUCUCCCUAAACCAGCCUCUGCUACUCACUGUCCUCUUGGAGCUGUUGAGAAGGUAACCAAGAAAGAUCAGCUGAAAGAGAAACUCCAAGACGAGAAGGACGGAAUCACAGAGAAAGACGAUGAUCAGUUUGCAGCUGAUACGUUCAAUCCAGGGGACUCUAAUGUGACUGUGAUUGUAGAGGCAUCAGAUGAGACCUCAGAACAAUCAAUCGUCCCCACAGUGGAGGGUGAUGGAAAACUUUCAUCACAGGAUAGUUUCUCAGAGGAAAGUUCAGUAUCAGAGGAGAGGCUGGCGGAGGAGGCCGAGGAGGCUAAGAAACGAUCUGAAGAGGAGAAAGCAGCAGCAAAAGAGAGAGCAGCCCAGAGACAGCUGUUGGCCAUAGAGGAGCUGGUCCAGUCUGAGAGGAACUACCUCCGAAUGCUGCAAGUCAGCACAGUAACCAUCAGGAGCAACCUGAAGAAACUACAGCCCCCUCCAGCCAACUUGGACAGCAUGUUUCUCUAUAUAGAAGAUGUGAUUGAUGUGUCCAGUCGACUCCUCAGCCUGCUGGACCAGAAGCAGGUUCAGCCUGGUGACCCGUCUUUCCUGGAGACGCUCUGCGAUUCAUUCCUGAGUCUUUCCUCCGACAUUGAGGAGGCGUAUAAGGAAUACUUAGCCAACUAUAACAACGUCACAGUGCUGGAGAACAGCUACAAACAGAAGGAGGCACUCUGGAACGACAUUGUGAAAGUCAUCAAGACUUCAGCACCUGAAGUAAACGCCACCUCUUUGAGUUUUUUCAUGGUGAUGCCAGUGCAGCGAAUUGCUCGCUACCCUCUCCUCUUGCAAACCAUCCAGAAACACACCGACCCAACCCACCCGGCGUACUCACUGCUAGAACAGACUGCUCACACUGCCAUCACCUUGAACUGUCGCAUUAACGAGUACAAACGUUUCAGAGAAGUUGCUGAUAAAUACAAGAAGACAGAAAACCUGACCAUUAAGGACAAGAUAAAUCGACUCAACUCCCACAGCAUUGCAAAGAAGACAGCAAGGCUAAGCCAGCAGAUCAAACACGAGACCGGAAUAGCUCCAAAGCUGGUGGAUGAAGAGUUUGAUGCCUUGGAGGGUUUCUUUUAUGUUUUGGAGCACGGCAUCCUAGAGCUGCUCGAGAAUGUGGAGAUGUAUCUGCACCACCUGCAGAGAUUUCUUUCCUGCAAAACAGAGGAGUUUGACCUGGAUAUGGAUGGAGAGAAGGCUCCUAUUUGCUACAAAGAAAUCACUACUGCUCUCAGACAGUGGAUCCUUCCUACAUUUGAAAAGAGGAUGAGGACAUUGAUCCAUAAACCGCUAUGUGCACUUCGGGACCUCUUGGUGGGCCCACGGAACCUCAUCAGGAAAAGACUGGAUAAACUACUGGACUAUGAAGUGAUAGAAGCCAAAUCCAAUCUCAGCUAUGACGAGCAGGCUGUGGCCAACACCUACAGGACAAUCAACACGUUGCUUCUCAAUGAACUUCCUCGGUUUAAUGGUUUGGCUCUGCAAAUGAUCUGGAGUAUGUUGGGUACGUUCAGCUGUCUUCAUAAAGACCUCACCUCUGACAUGGAGCAACUCUUCCAGAGCUUUGCACAACAGCUUCCACACAGCUCUCUCAACCCUAGUGCAUUCUGGGAAUGGGCAGAGUCUGAGGUACUAGAAGGUGCAAGGAGGCUGCAGACUUUGUGUCAUAGUGUGGAGGAGACGCUUAAUGCACCUGUCGUCCAGCCACUGAGCCCCUCCUCUCGGCAUCGCCUUAAGCAGCUGACAGAUAAACAUGGGUCUGGAAAGAUCUACCAGGUGACAACGGCAGUGGUGGGCAGCAGAGACCUGGACCUGAAUCUAGUCAAAGGGGAGCUGGUGGCCAUCAUCAGUGAGACCGACAGCAGAGGAGACAAACGGAGAUGGCUGGUCGAUGCAGGAGGCAGAAGAGGCUAUGCUCCUGCCUCAAAGCUGGUUCGUUACCACCAGCCAGCAGAGGACCCACCUCCGUCGCCACAUCUCGCCUUGCCUGAUGGCAUAAUGGGCAUCAGAAGACACUCUUAUACUCCAGAGAGCCAGCCACUGAGAGUGAUGCCUGUUCCUUGUCUCCAGGUGUUUGCUGCGUAUGACUUCACAGCGAGGGGAAACCAUGAAGUUACAGUGCGGUCCGGGGAACCUGUUCGUGUUCUGGAACCACACGACAAGAAGGGGAACCCUGAGUGGAGCCUUGUGGAGGCGAGAGGUGGGCAGAGGGGCUACGUUCCCUCAAACUACCUCGCUGUCAUGCCUAUGGGGACUGGGCCGUUCGGCACCGCCCAGCCUUACUGCUAAAGAGAGGAAAGAACUGGAAGACCUACCUUUGUGAUAAAGGUGCAUCUGCUUUGCACAGCUUUUGCAUGAAUGUUGCCUUGCAUCUUCAUAGUGACUAUGUUUAGCAUUCAAUGUUUAAAAUCAGUGUUAGAUAUUCACUAGUUAUUUAAUGGCCACUGUGUGAGCACUAAAAACACCAAAUGUAAAUUUUUAUAUUUAAAUAUAUAAUGUUUUCUUCAUCUACUUCCUCUGUAACCUAAAUUUUGAAAAUGACAAGGAAAGGAAGGAAAAGGAUGAUAUAUUUAGAUUUACUCAUUUUCGCAAUUUAAGGGCUUACUGGUCUUUUUUAUGGCCAUUUUUGUCCUAAUAUAUUGUAGAUGCAUUGAAAAUUAAUCUUUUCUCCCCACACUAAUCAGUCAUUU